AUGCUCGUGCCGCCUGACAACUUUGGGCUAGUGGAGCCCGGGGUAUACCGUUGUCUGAAGCUUGAAGCUGACCAUAUGCCCUUUCUAGCUACUUUACAACUAAAGUCAAUCGUCCUUCUCGAUGCAGCGAAGCCACCAAGGAACUUGAAGGCAUAUCUAGAAGAAAACGAGGUGAGGCUAUUUCGCUUAGGCGGACUUAAGUUCUCGAGCCACGGAAAUUUUAACAAAGAGAACGAAAAGCCUGGAAGCUCGCAACUGUCAGUCAGUCAUGGGGAUAUAGAAGUGAUCGAUCUCGAUAGGGGAAGCAAUAGUGAGAACAACAAGGAAACCAAUUCAUGGAUGCUAAUAGAGCCUGGUCUCAUUGAAAGUGCUCUUGAAAUCAUGUUGAACAAAACACGUCACAAUGUUCUAUUCGUUGAUCUGUCGCUGACAUUAGUUGGUAUUCUUCGACGGAUUCAAAAGUGGAACUUCAGUUCGAUCGUCAAUGAGUACCGUAUCUACACGGGCAAUUCGAGCAAAAACAAUUACAAUGCCGAAAAUUUCUUGGAACUUAUAGAGAUAGAGAUGAUUCCAUACGAGGUUGAUCAAUGGUUGAGGAGCAAAAGAGAAAAGGGCCUGGAAUUUGAAGGAAGGACCCUUUCAAUAUCAUCGGCGGGCAGCCAACGUCGCCUGAAACCUUCGCUUGACGAGGGAAAUCUAACAAACGAUGAUGAUAAUACAUCCGUCGAUGACUAUGAAGAUGACAUGGAUGAUGACCUUUUGCUGGCAUCCCCCCAAAUUCCUGCAAAUUUACUCAAACUUGUGGAACAAAGGAAGCAAGAUGAUCAAGGUUCCGCACCACAAACCCCACCUGAGCAUAGAAUAUCCAGUUUACUGCUUGAAAAGGGACUCCCCACGAGUGCUAAUAGUCGACACAAUAGCAUCAGCGGCGAUGGCAUAAACUUGGCGGCACAUCGACGGAAACUGUCCAUGGACGCAAGGUUUACUCGUCCUGCAAACAUAAGAUUUCGAAAACCAAGCUUUUCGGAAUUGCAGAGGUCACCAGGGCGCAAGCCGUCCUUUGAAACUAGUCUUCGGCACUAUCGAAUUGAAAGAGAAAGAUCAGGCGGAAUAGAGGAACUUGCAUUGACAAAAGAAAUUUACGGAUUUCAAUACUACAAACCAAGAGCAACAGCUCUGUCUUCCUUCGUUGAACCCAUCAAAAUACACUUGCCACCCGAGCAUAAACUUCCUGAUUGGUUCAUUCAAGGAAGGGACUUUUGGGAGAGCCUUUACAAAGAUCUUAACCCGGAAAGCUAG